GUCAUCUCUAAUUUUCGGUACAGAGGGACGACCACCGCAAACAGCAGGUUUCUACACGGAUAUUUUUGAAGAAUAUUAUUAAAGUUCCAGGAUUUUCGUUAAGGACAAUAAAUAGAACAAAAUGGCAGUACGCUUGGCACAGAGAUUGAUGAAAACACAAACUCCCUUCCUAUGCAGGAGCUACCCUAUGUUGGUAACCAAGGAAAAGACUGAAGAUGUGGCCCACACCAAGUCAUCGUUGCAAAAGAGAUUGACGGUCCCUGAGAUUCCUCAAGCCCAGUAUGGUGGUCGUCAUGCUGUCACCAUGUUACCCGGUGGUGGUAUUGGUCCCGAACUCAUGAGCUAUGUACGUGAGAUUUUCGCCUACUGUGGUGCUCCCAUCGAUUUCGAAGUCAUCGACAUUGAUCCCUCCACCGAGGGCAACGAAGAUUUGGAAUAUGCCAUUACUUCAAUCAAACGUAACGGUGUUGCCAUUAAGGGUAACAUUGAAACCAAGUCCCAGUCAUUGACCGAAAUCUCCCGUAACGUUGCCAUUCGUAAUGAACUUGAUUUGUUUGUCAAUGUUGUUCACUGCAAAUCAUUGCCCGGCAUCCCAGCCCAUCACAAGGAUGUUGAUAUUGUUUUGAUUCGUCAAAAUACCGAUGGUGAAUAUGCUAUGUUGGAACAUGAAUCUGUUAAGGGUGUCGUUGAGAGUAUGAAGGUUGUUACCGUGGAAAAUGCUGAACGUGUUGCACGCUAUGCCUUCCAAUAUGCUCGUGAAAAUGGUCGCAAAAAGGUCACCACCAUUCACAAGGCUAACAUCAUGAAAAUGUCCGAUGGUUUGUUCUUGGAAGUCGCCAAGAAGGUGCACAAGGAUUAUCCUGAAUUGGAACACAACAAUAUGAUUAUCGAUAACACUUGCAUGCAGUUGGUAUCUAAUCCUCAUCAGUUCGAUGUCAUGAACAUGACCAACUUGUACGGCACCAUUGUCUCCAACGUUAUCUGCGGUUUAAUUGGUGGUGCUGGUAUCUUGUCUGGCCGUAAUUAUGGUGAUCAUUAUGCCAUCUUUGAACCUGGUACUCGUAAUACUGGUACUGCUAUUGCCGGCAAAAAUAUUGCCAAUCCCUUGGCCAUGAUCAAUGCCAGUGUUGAUAUGUUAAAUCAUUUGGGCUACAAGGAUCAUGCCCGUGUUAUUUCUGAGGCUGCUUAUGAAACUGUUGUCGAAAGGGGCAUUAGGACUCCAGAUAUUGGCGGCACCAACAACAGCACAGAUGUUAUCAAGAGUAUUUUGGAUAUUCUCUCCAACAAACGUGUCCACUGAGUUUCUUUUAACACCUACACACAAUACCAGUUCUUAGAUGUUUUUUGCCAAUAAGAAUGCUCAACGUCUUUCACAUGGAAAUACAUAUGAUUUUCCAAUAGUUUUUUUAUUCAUACUUUUAAUAGCAAUGAAAUUCCAGAUUAAUAUCGUUUUCAACACUUGAUAUACACAAACAACCAGGUUCAACCAAAUGGUUCAAUUUGAGGACUGGACUAUAAAUAUUUAGCUAUUACCAAGAAGACAAUUGGAUACUCUUUAACGAUAAGCAAAGAGUCGAAAGCAAAACAAUACAAAACUACAAAAAGAUAUUGUUUCAAAUUUACUUGACUCCUGUGUAUUUGUUUUAUUCUAAACUACUCAAAACGUCCUUGUUGUGCUUAGUUUCCUAUGAUUUUAUGAAUCUUUAGUUUAUUUUUUAUUUAUUUUUUUUUCAAACCUGACCACAACAACCGUAUAUGUAUUAAAUUGAUUAUCUCUUUUCCCUCCUAUUAUUUUAUUACUUAUUUGUUUUCUUAUCCUUUUUAAAAAAAUAUCUAUAUUAUUAUUUUAAUUUUGUUUAUUUAGAAAUGAUCGAUCAGUCAGUCAGUCACAAGUAUAAACAAUAACACAAAAUCAUGUAUUAUUUUUUCGAAUAUUUGUUAGAUAGUCAAGUAAAUAAAGUAAAUUAUUUGAAAAAAUAAAUUAAAAA